UCAGUUAGGAAUAGAAUUUGGUGGUCAUGUGUGCAAUUUAUGGCACUCCUGGGUCGUGCUGAUAUUCUGUCUUAUUCUUGGUCAGUUCAAAGGAAUACGUUUCUAUUUGGGAAUAUUGUUGUGUGGGCACUUGCAACAUUGGGCAUUUAUUGAAGCAGCUGUCUGCCUGUGUGAGAUGUCACAUAGCUUUAAUCGAAAUGAACAUGUUUGCCUGGGUGAAGAGCAGUUUCAAAAGUUCUGUAAAUUGUUUGUUAAGCAUUCGGAUGAAAUCGACAAUGGCUGGGAGUGGAGGCAGAAGGAGCUCAAUGAGGGAUACAUGGUUAAAGUGCACUUGAGAUCUAAAAAAUCCAUAAACAGCUUAGUUGUGGGGAAUCAUUGCUUUCAAGAUCUUCAGGGUCACGAAGUAGAUGAUAAGGAAGAGGUUGAUAUGAAGAAUGUUAACAGUGACAUUGAGGAAGCCCAGGUUACAAAUUCUGAACUGAUUCGAUAUGAGUAUCAUGUUUUGUACUCCAGUAGUUACCAGGCACCUGUGCUGUAUUUCAGAGCUUGUUAUUCAGAUGGAAAACCACUUACUUUGGAAGAAAUUUGGGAGAAUGUGCAUGAAUGUUACAAAGAGCGACUUUUUCAAGGACCUUGGGAUACUAUUACACAACAGGAGCAUCAUUUACUUGGCCAACCAUUUUUUGUUCUCCAUCCUUGUCGAACAUCUGAAUUAAUGACUCCAAUUGUGGGUGCCGCAGAGGAGCAGAGGAAUGUAAAUUACAUCACAAGCUGGCUGAGCAUGAUGGGGCCAGUAGUGGGACUCGAUGUACCGUUGAGCUAUGCCACAGCUGUAUCACAGGGCAUUUUUGACCCAAAUUGAAAAAAGGAAUGUUUGGAGUGGAUAAAUAAGAAAAUCCAGUUGCUGUUUAUUGCAGAGAACACUGAAUUCUGAGAAGAAGAGCAACAAUCUUCAUCCAAAAUCAAAUCAACAACUUCUUACUGGCACUGUCAAAGCUUUGUUCUCUGUAUUUACAGCUUAAAUUAUGCCAUUCAGUGAUUAGUUUGUGCUAUUAAAGAAGACUUAUCUUUGA